UGACGACACAAUUAUGGCGUCCGCCGGACCGCUUUCAGAGACCGAACGGCCGCGACAUCGACCUUUUUUGAUAGGAGUGAGCGGAGGGACAGCAAGUGGUAAGUCCACAGUGUGUGCUAAAAUUAUGGAGUUGCUGGGACAGAACAAAGUGGACCAUCGGCAGAGGAAAGUCGUCAUUGUCAGUCAGGACAGUUUCUACCGAGUCCUGACUUCUGAGCAGAAAAGCAAGGCACUCAAGGGCCAGUACAACUUUGACCAUCCAGAUGCUUUUGACAAUGAACUGAUGUACAAAACUCUCAAGGAUAUUGUGGAAGGGAAGGUGGUUGAGGUUCCAACUUACGAUUUCGUCACUCAUUCCAGACUAGAGGAGCGGAUCACCGUGUACCCAGCUGACGUCGUGCUCUUUGAGGGCAUCCUGGUCUUCUACUCGCAGGAGGUCCGCGACAUGUUCCACAUGAAGCUGUUUGUGGACACGGACUCUGACGUGCGGCUGUCGCGCAGAGUUCUGAGGGACAUGAAGAGAGGCCGAGACUUGGAGCAGAUCCUCUCCCAGUACACCACCUUCGUGAAGCCUGCCUUUGAGGAGUUCUGUCUGCCGACCAAGAAAUAUGCAGAUGUUAUUAUACCUCGAGGGGUUGACAACAUGGUGGCCAUCAACCUGAUUGUGCAGCACAUCCAGGACAUCCUAAACGGGGACAUUUGCAAGUGGCAGCGGGGCUCGGUCAGCGGGCACAGCCGGGGCUUUAAGAGGGCCAUCUCCGAGCAGGGUGACAUGCCUAACGGGGCCGCCAACCCCCCGGGGAAGAGGGUCCUCUUGGAGCCCAGCAGCCGACCCCAUUGAGGCAGCUCUCCCUGGGGGGCUCCAACAUUCUCUGACCCACCCCAGUGUUCUAGGCCUGGUCCAUAUUAGUACAGGCUGGGGUCGCGGUGGUGGGAGGAAGGGGGUGUGAAGAAGAGGUUGAAAUUAUAUAAUCCAAAUCAGAGCUACUAAUAAUACCCGAUCUUCCAGCAGCAGCUUCAGAUGGAACCUGUACAGGGCCUUGACACCAGCUGACAGCUACCUAACAUCUUCAUGGAAAACAAAAUGGCAACCAGCAAUCUAGUUUACACAUCAUGAACAAAUGUGGUAGCUGGAGCUGCUGUUCAGCAGGAAGCUGGCCUGGCAGAAGGACUAGUGGGGGGUGUCUGAGUAUAAUUACACACACACACACUGACACUCCACACUGACUGAAACAAAAAGGUCAUUAUCAGUGAACUUCGCACAUACUGUAUCCCCAGAGACUGUUAAAGAGGACACUGUCAGCUCUGUAUUCCGUCCUUUGUGUACUUCCUUAUCUGGAAGGUUCUCGUGCUAUCUGUGCUCUAUCUGUUCUGGCUUUGCCUAUGCCCCUCCAUAAAUAUUCAUAAUGAACCAGCCAGUUAGACCGCUUUUAGCUUCAGCAAGGGCAGGGACAAAAUUUAUGAAGUGAAGCACAUUGAGCUGAAUAUCACAGGUACUCAACAGAUGAUGAAGCUUGGUGUGCAAAUCACUAUAUGACAUUGAAAAUUAUGCUGCUCUUUCUUGCUGAUGUUGAAGGUAAAUGUUACUUGGCUCAGUAAAUACAGUUGUAUAUCUGUUCAAUAAAUAGAAUGUAUGUAGCCCUGUCUUUACAUUGCAUAUUACAUAACAUUCAUUUAGCAAGCGACUUUGAGCACAAAAGAACAGAAAUGUAUCUAUUCAAGUCUUCCACUUCACCUUUGAAUCAUGCCCACUUUGUGACUCAGUCCACACUAUACAUGUGAACUUGACUAUAUUCAAAAACUUAUUCAGAAUGUUGCAUCACCAGAUUAAUACAUCCAAUUUUCUGGCAAGUAAUUUUGGAUAAUUGUGUUUUCUAUUCUGUAACAUUGAUUUAAAAUCCCACAGUUCUUCACCGUGAAGCAGAAGUAUUAGAAUACAAAGCUGGAAGUAUCUAGAAUACUAGCUGGUCUAGUUGGCUAACAGACAUGAUUUUUUUUUUUUUUUACUGCCACACUAGCUCUGUAAUGCUGGGAUUUCAUUGUUAGCUACUUAAAAUUAGCUAGCAAUGUAACAGAUUCCACUGUUAACAUAAGUUUUUCAAAGCACGGUAAUCAACUGCGGUUUUAAUGAUAAUUAAAAUUUAAACGGUAAUACUAGCCGUUGGGAAUUUUAUCGUGGUUUACCGUGAAAUCGGUAACCGUCCCCUACUAGCUAACAGUAUUGACUGUUAUUAGACUGUUAAGUGACUUUAGUAGCAGUAGCAGAGACUAUUAAACAAAAGACCUAUAGCUCUGCAUUAUUUCUGUCCUCAGUACUUCAAUCUCCAGGAAGCUCCUGAGCAUUUAGCAUUGUUUUUGUAGCAAAUAGGUCACAUUUGAUGAAAUAUUGCUUCUGUGGAUGGUUACUUUGGCCACACCCCUUCACAAACGUAUAUAGUGAAGCAGUAAAUUAGAAGACUUUAUUCAGUAAAUAGAAUAUCUGCACAAAAGUAACCUGAUGUCAGCUGGACUUGGCUCUAGGCUGAGUAUUUCUACAGGUCUUCAGUACAUUUGGUUAAUACAGUUCCACCUGGUUAAAUUGUUUUAUGAAAUAACCUCCAGAACAGGAUCCAGUUACUGGUUGAUGACAUGAUUGUGAAGGGUUUCACCGUGAACACACAUACAGUUAGACACAUGAUUACGAAGCACUAGUGUAGUCCUGGAGAUGCUUGUGUUCCACUUUUCUACCUGAAAGUCUGAAAGAGUUGUUCUUGAAAUGUUGCUCUACAGUUUUUUUUAUUCAUGCUGAACAAGGGAUGGGAGUUCUGCCUGGUCGGAGGAGUUUCAGGAAGAACCCGAGUGACCCGAGUGGAAACCAGGCAGAGCCUUGUCACAUCAGUUCUAAUUCACAACAAGCCCUCCCUGUUAGCUACUCCCUUUUAACCGAAAGCACACAAAAUGGAACACAUUUGCCCUUGUUUUACCACCUCCUCUAUGUAUAUUUGAGUUUGCCAUGUACAGUAUGUUUUCUCACUGAGUGCAAUGCAGAGAGUAUGUCUCUGAAUGUUUUUAACUGCGCUGCGCUUAAUGUGAUUCUGCUUGUUUAGGAAUGUGAAUGAAAUUGGUCUCAAGGGCUGAGGUCAUGCUUUUAUUAUUGUAUUAAUUUUAAAGAUUU